AUGUAAUAAUUAAUUACAAAAGAAGAUAUUCACACAUAUCUAAAAGCUAUCGGACUUCCAGUUGAUAUCAAAUUGACUGUUUCAACUGAAACAUUAUAUCUGCUAGCGAAUAAGCAGAUGAUAUACAAUUAUUAUUAAAAUGUUGAAUUACAUUUGAAGCAAAUGAAACCAAUUUCACUUUAAUUUGUUGAUCUCUUACAGAGAGUUUGUGUGCAAAGAAAAGGUGGUCUUUGCUAUGAACACGAGCUUCUACUCUACUAUGUUCUUAAACACCUAGGAUUUUAAGUGGAAAUAAUUAGAUGCUAAGUUAGAGAGAUGGGUAGUCCUUAUAAUCCAGAUCUUUCUAGUACACAUGCGUUUUUGUAUGUUUCAUUAGGGGAUGAGACAUUUUUAUUGGAUCCAGGAUUUGGGACAAGAUCCUAUAGAUUCCCAAUCAAAGUAAACUUUUAGAAUUUGACCUAAACAUAUGAAUUAUUCGCAUAAGAACAUUAUCGAAUUCAAGAAAAUGAGAAACAUUAUGAAUUCUAGCAUCAUAUGGAUGGCAAUUGGGUCACCUAUUAUGAUUUUGAUAAGCCAUUGAAUUUUUGUACUGUUGAAGAUAUUCAUAAUGAUUACUUGAAUUUAUUUACCAGCAAAGAAUUUUUGGGAAUCAGGGACAGCAAAUUCGUAGUCUGUAGAAAUACAGAAUAUGGGAGGAUUCAAUAUUUGUGGUUCAGAUAAGAGAAACAAUUUACUGCAUUUAAGAAACACUUGAAAUUUAAUGAAGUUAGUAAAAUAGAAUUUAAAUCAUAUGAUGAGUUUAAAGAGGACGUUAAGUAGGAGGUAGGAUUUGAAUUGCCUGAUUAUGAAUUGCUUAGACGAAUUAAUUGA